UCAGAUGAAGCCAGAUAAGGAAGGGCAGGAUUCACCUAGCACUUUCAUCAGACAAGCAAUUGGGAAGGAUCCAUUGUCUAGAACUGGUGGAAAGCAGAUCCCUUUUGAACUAUGGAAGGGUGAGCCUACUGAUGUGAAUGAGGCUAAGGAACCUAGUUGUUCUUCAAAUGACAAUGAAUAUGCAUUUAAGGGAACAAAAGCAUCAUCUGAACAAAUGCAAGCACUUAGAUUUCUUGAAGCUAUUUUAGCCUUUGCUCAAGCUGCUGCAAGAGCGAAUGGUGAGCCUGAAAAAUGUAUGUCAACUCUCUAAAACAGGUAUUUGAGAUGUAACUAGGAGUAGGUUUUGAAGUCUGGCAAAAACAAAGAGUUUGGUCCCAAGUUAAUAAAUGUGCAUUUUCUUCUUUUGCCGGAUAUUCCAGGAUGGCCUUUUCUUUCAUCACCUAAGGUUCAGUUUCAGAAGUGUGAAAAAUGUUCUAGAGUGUUCUGCUCUACAAUAAAU